AUGCCUUGCUGUGGUGAUCGUGAGAAGGGGCCUGUUUCGCGGGAGGAGAAAUGGGACUCAGUGAAUCUGGACGACUUCAAGUCCGAAUCUUGCCUGUCGCCCUUCUCCUACUUCUUGGUCUAUGUGUUCCUUCUGAUCUCGAUCGCGGUGUAUGCUGUCGACACUUUCACGGCUGUGAAUCUGCUGGUCUUUUCCCGCUGGGCCGGAUCGAUCGAGCCGGCGAUCCCAUUCAAGGUGUCGCGAUGGGUUUUUGCCGUGUGUAUUAUCAUCUCCUUCGUUUUGUUGGUGUUUCGAUGGCUGCAUGCCAUGCGUGCCAUGCGCUCCGGGAGCAUUGCGCAGAGCUUUUUGGAUCCCCUGGCUGCGCGAAUCCAGAGUAUUCGCAUGGGGAGCCGGGGCCGCGGUUGGAGGCGGUUUCUGGUCUUUGCAGAGCUCACCAAGAGUAAGAAAGGCGCAGAGUAUGUGGCGCUGUUUGCGUACUUUGCGUUUGAGAGCUGGAUGAACACGAUCUUUGCAGACGGACCGCGUCAAGUAGUGAAUGCCAUCACUUUGUACUCGGUCAUGAGAAUGGACCUUCUUCCCGGUGGGGAGCACUCGGUGUCAAACGAUUCGCCGGGUAUCGUGCAAUUCUUCGAGAAUGUCAAAAUCCUGGCCGAGGACAACACUCGGCGAGCUGUCGUCCUAUGUGGCAUGCUGUUCACCCUGGUCAUCUGGGUGCUUUCGAUGUUGAAGCUGGCCCUGGCUGUGGUUCUCUACCUGAUCUUCUUGUUCCACCAUAUCCCCGCCGAGGACGGCUCCCUGAGGGCGUAUUGCCGCCGCAAGAUCAACGCUCGACUCAUGCGAAUCGUCCGCGGGAAGGUUGACAAAGCACUGGCGAAGAGCACGGGCAUGCCGAGCCGGACGCCAACGCAACCCAAUCUCGGCUUGGAUCGAAAACCGACCCUGCCUAUGGUGGUGGAUUUGAAUUCGGAGAUUAAGGCCCCGACGGUCACGACACUGUCGCGAUCCACAACCCAGACUACGCUGCCGCCGUAUCCUUCUCGCCCAGGGACGGUGGCACCUGAGCGCCAACCAACCCUGCCAGAUAUGUCAUGGACCGAGAAGCCGCCUUUGAGCCGGACAGUCACUCAAUCCUCAAUGCAUUCGGACACCACGGCAUACUCUGGGUCGACAGCGGUCGCCGCCUACAGCCCUCUGGACCGUCAGACCACACCCGCGCCACCGGUCCCUCCUCUCCCGCAUACCAUGCCGAUGGGAGGAGCCCGCUCCUACACGCCCAUGGGCCGGCCUCCGACUACACGACCCACGCUUACUCCUGCGCCGCCAUCGACGGUUCAUGCACCCAACCAUAUGGCGCCGACAAUGAACCAGGAUGACUAUGACGAAGUGCCCAGCCGCUAUCCUGAUCCCUACAGCACCGAUACUUUGUCUCAUAACAAUCAGUACACAGCCCCAUAUCAGUCAUAUACUCCUGUACAGGAUCCCUAUUCCCGUACUUUGACGCCAGGAAAUGCGAUUUUCCCUGUCCAGGACUAUCCCGCUCGGGCGUUCUCCCCUCAAAGCCACGGCGGAGCACCGCAUCCACCUCCCGACUCACAGUCUGGCUAUCCCUUGCGCUCGUUCACUCCCGCGAGUCAAGAACAGACUCGACCCCGGCUUGCUCUGAAUACAACUGGGGAUCACGUCGCGAGAGCUUUCUCGCCGGCGUCCCAGAGAGCACCAUCCCGGCCCCAGCAGCAGAGCCCCCAGCAACACGGCUAUGCUGCAUAUGAACCAUCUUCCAUAACCCCCAGCCCUUUGACGGCCGGCGUUCGUCCGUCAAACUCUCCCGUCUACCACACAUAUGGUGGACCUAGCAGUGCGACACCACCCAACGAUCGGAGCAGCGCUGCACCUCCGGUGCGAGCAUACCCUCCCCAAGGCUACGCUGGCCAAGCACAGCCGUACCGACCCUACUACCCCUGA